GUUGGAUGCAGCAUCGAACUAUGCAACAUAAAUAUUGUGAUAUUUUUAUGCAUGUUUAUAUUUGAAGGCAUAUAGGAAUCUUGACAUUUUCCACAAUUUUGAGAUUGGGAACAGCCUGCCGAGUAAAAUCCUGGUUCUUUAGUUGAAUGGUUUGGAAUGCUUCCGAACUUUUGCAAGCAGCAAUGAGCCAGCACUGACAGACGACACCAGCACAGCUGAUGACAUGGACAUGAACUACCAGCCGCUCUCCCACACCUCUAGCAAUGGUCCGGACAUCGACAGCUGGGAAGAACUGCAGUUUGAAGGUCUGGUGGGCCCACAGCCGGCGGCUCGCGACUCGGCCGGCAGCGGCUCCGGCCCGGGGUCGCCGGAUCGGCCGCGCUCGCGCUCCGACCCCAGCGCGCUGAUGCUCUCCUCGUUCCUGUCGGGUAACUCGGCCGUGCUCGAUCUGGACGUGGACCAGCUGCAGACCAAAAUCCGCGGCGUGCUCCUGGAGAACACCCGGCUGCGCGACUCGAUCCGCGACAGCUCGGCCUCGCUGCGCCGCCAGUGCGAGGCGCUGCUCGCCUGGCGUGACGAGUGUCAGCGGCUGCGCGAGGAGCGCCGCCAGGUAGCCGCGCACUGCCAGCGCGCGCGGGACGUCAUCACCCAGCUGCGCGAGGAGAACGCCGACCUGCGCCAGCAGCUGGCGCAGCAGCCGCCGGACGCGCCCGGCCGCGAGCCGCAGCAGGCUGAGCCGCCGCAGGACCUGUGUCGGCGCGGCGAGUCGCCCGGCCCGGCCGGCGCCGAGGUGGCACUGCGUUCGCAGCUCUCCCAGCAGGCGGCCGAGCUGCGAAACAGUCAGCGCGAGGUGGCGCGCCUGCAGUCGAAACUGGCGCGCCAGGAGGCCGAGCUGAGCUCCUACCGCCAGGUGGCACCGGCGGCGGGCCCUCAAUCAGCGCCGCCGUCGCCGGAGCUGCAGCGGCUCAAGGACGAGGCGGCCCAGCUGCGGCACAGUCUGGAGAGCGAGCGCCGCCAGCGGCAAGAGCUGGCCGCCUGGCUGGCCGGCGACCAGCAGUACACGCCCGUGCUGGAGACUCUGCGCCAGGCCUCGGAGCGGCUGAGCAGCGGCCAGGCGGCGCUGGACGCGCACGCCGCCCGGCUGGCCGACGCCGGCCGCGCGCUGGACUCGCUUUCCGCGCGGCUCCCCGGCCUGGCCGUCUCCGAGGAGUCGCCGGACCGGGUGGCGGCCGAGCUGGCGGCGCUGCGGGCCGAGCUGCAGCAGCUGUCGGCCGCCGCUGCCGAGGACACCACCGACGGCGGCGAGGCGGUGUCGGCCUGGCGCCGGCUGAGGGACCUGUUCAACAGCGUGGCGUCUCGCUGGGAGGCCGACGCGGCCGGCCCGGACCCGGCCGGUACCAGCCAGCAGGUGCACACCGACGGACUGCAGGCACGCAUCCUCUCCAUGGAGGAGCUGCUGAGUGCGCGCGGCACCGAGUGCGAGCGUCUCCAGCGGCAGGUGCUGCAGCUGCGCCGCGACCUGCAGGCGAUCGACAUCCUCAAGGCGCAGGUGGACGUCUACCAGCAGGACUUUAACCAGGAGCGCCGGCAGCGUGAGCAGAUAGCCCUGGAGCGCGACCACCUGCGCAACGAGCUGGCGACGCAACAGACGCGUCUGCGCCACCUCCUGGCGCGUCAACAGUCGGCCACUCUGACGACGAACGCGGACAGCGUGGAGCCUUCGCGGCCGCCGCCGCAUCCGGCCGCCCGACCGGACCCCGACGUCCAGUCCACCGUCUACUCGUGUCCCAAAUGCGACAUGGCGUUCCAGGACUUGGAGCCGCUGCAGAACCACGCCAACCGCUGUCUGGACGGCGACUAGAGCCGAGUCUGGUCCGGUGCUGACUGGGAGCCCGGGCAGUGGGCCGAUGCCCGUUGCUCCGGCGGCACAGCUCGGGCGGCGGAUGCCUUACCGCGCCACCUGACGACCGGCUAGAGGUGCUGGCCUCCCCACAGAGGGCGCCGGCUGCCGUGGGAUGCGACCGAACGUGAGUGUUCCGAGAUUUUGCUACUUAAACGACCGCUUGUAGUUGCCGCUAGUGUCCGUUUCAUGCAAUAUGUGAUAGAUGAACAGAGUUCGGGGGAGUCUCUUAGUCCGCGGCCCUUGAUUCAAUGACUCUAAUUGUCACUGAGUUAAAUGAAAACCAGUGGUUUGAUGGUAGGAUAUACCAUGAUAAGCAUGUAAAUAUGGCAGCCCCCUGAGGUUCGACCAGUGCUCGAAUGGGCAUUUUCGGGCACUGGGCUACUGUGUCUCCGGUGUGGUGUGAUCAUUUGUGGCCUUGGCUUUAAACCGUUUUGGAAUUGAUUCACUUUCCAAUUAGUACUGAUAAGAUGCCUUCAACUCAGUCCAGUUUCCGGACAUGAGCUCGCUUCUUUUUUAGUUGAUGGCCGACGGGUGCCUCUAAUUAAGGUUUACUGGUUUAUAAUUGCAAUGAAGUUUAUUGAUUUUAUCCGUCAUAGUUUUGCACAGCUGUUAGAUUCCGUAUCGAAAUGUAGUUUUGCUUUUACGAUAAGGUAUGUGCCAUUACGUAUUUUACCAAGUAAUUCCACCCCGACGGGUGGCUCACAAAGACCGAAAUUCAGCCUCUAUUUCAGUCGUUGUGAUAGUGAUUGUGAUUGUGAUACUUGUGGGCAACUAUAUGAGCGGACAAAUGUAAUGGAUGAUGAAUGAAGCAGGUACGAUGUAGAAAUGCAUGGUCUACGCAGCCUUACCACCAGUCGCCUUCUGAAAAGGACGUGGUGAGUUAGAAAUAAAUUAGCCGCGACUUUCUAUGUAGGUAUUUUAGCAUUGUCUCAGUGUUUAUGUGCGUGUUGUAGAAUGAUCAACAACUAUGCUAGUUACUAACAUUCUAAAAUGAAUGCUUAUUUUGUUAUGCAAUAUGUGUCACAAAAAUACAUUGUAAAGCAAUCAAACCAAA